CAGAAGCCGCGCAGAGCUGCAGGAAGUGAACUUAGCUGAAGUUAAAACAGGAACUGUCACAGUGCACUGCAGUCUCAUAGCAGCAGCCAGCAAACAGGUAGUUGGGCAGAAAGGAGCAAGUGUGUCGCAUCUCCGCCAAGAUGUGGAAGGCAGCUGUAGGGCACAAUGUGGCCGUGAAGGAGGAGUCCCAAGGAGAUGACUGGGACACCGAUCCUGAUUUUGUGAACGACAUCUCAGAGAGGGACCAGAGAUGGGGAGCCAAAACCAUUGAGGGCUCCGGACGGGCCGAGCACAUCAACAUCCACCAGCUGAGGAGCAAGGUGUCUGAGGAACAUGAAGUCAUCAAGAAGAAGGAGCUGGAGACUGGGCCCAAGGCCUCUUAUGGAUAUGGUGGCAAAUUUGGAACAGAGCGGGACCGAAUGGAUAAGAGUGCACUCGGCCACGAGUAUGUAGCUGAUGUUGAGAAGCAUUCGUCUCAGACAGAUGCAGCUAAAGGCUUUGGGGGGAAAUAUGGAGUCCAGAGGGACCGAGCCGACAAGUCAGCGCUUGGGUUCGAGUACAAGGGCGAGGUGGAGAAGCACGCAUCCCAGAAAGAUUACGCCAAGGGGUUCGGUGGCCGCUAUGGGGUGGAAAAGGACAAGCUGGACAAAGCAGCCGUGGGGUUCGACUACAAGAGUCAGACAGAGAAGCACGAGUCACAGAAAGACUAUGCCGUGGGCUUUGGUGGGAAGUUUGGGGUGCAGAAGGACCGUCAGGACAAAUGUGCCCUCGGCUGGGAUCACCAGGAAGAGUUGAAGCGUCAUGAGUCCCAGACAGACUAUGCCAAGGGCUUUGGAGGUCGGUACGGUGUGCAGGAGGACAGAGUGGAUAAGAGCGCCUCUGGCUUUAAUGAGAUGGAAGCUCCAACUUCCUCCUAUGAGAAGACCAAACCUGUGGAGGCAGCCUCCAGUGGAGCCAGAAGCCUGAAGUCGCGAUUCGAGAGCAUGGCCAAGUCGGCUGACGAAGAGAAUAGGAAGCGGGUGGAGGAGGAACGAGUGAGGCGCCAGGCCCGGGAGCAGCGGGAGCGCCAGGCAGCCCAGCAGCCGCAGCAGCAGCAGCAGCAGGAAACCCAGGAGAGUGAGGAGAUGAACCGUAAGGAGCCGGGUCCCACGCCAGCUCUGGUACCCAGGAGGGUUUGCAAAGAACCAGCAAUGCUGCCUAGUCCACAGAGACAGCAGCAAGAGGCAGACAUACAGGAUGAGGAACAGGCCCCUGCACUGCCACCGCGGCCCUCAGACUUGGACGAAGAUUCCAGCAAGCUGCAUGAGGAGUCGCAUGAGGAAGAGGCCAUCUAUGCCGACAGCGUGGAUCUGCAAGGGGACUAUGAGGAGCUGCCGGAGCUCUCGAGGGAGUCAGAGGCCAUCUACGAAGAGGGUGUUGAUACGAGUGAGGACUAUGAGGAGAUCCCCCCAGAGAGUGCAUCCAGCAGCAGCCAGAACAUUCCCUGCCCUGAAGUAUCCGAGAAUGUGUACGAGGCGGAUGAUGCUGGGCUUUCUGCUGUGGCUCUGUACGAUUACCAAGGAGAAGGUGACGAUGAAAUUUCCUUUGACCCCAAUGACACCAUCACUCACAUCGAGAUAGUGGACGAGGGCUGGUGGCGGGGGCAUUGCCAUGGCAAAGUUGGCCUCUUUCCAGCUAAUUAUGUGAAGCUACUUCAGUGAGACCUGCCAUUGCCCGAACCCCUCUGCCUCUUACUGCUUCAGCGCUUUAUGUGUAGCUAGGGCCGGGUUACAGUGAGCAGCUCGGCUCAGCCCAGCACACCUGCGUGAGAGAGAAACUAACAUGAAAUGACAAAUAGGAUCCCGGGGGGCAGGCUGGCCAAUGUGGGAGUGGGGGGUGGGUGGGUAAAUAAUGAGGCAUGGGGCCUUUCUCCUCUUGGAGGUGCUGGUUCCAAUCCAGCCCCAGCGUUGGGGCACUGGCUGCCUCAGGGGAGUGGGGAAUAGGAUACGGGGCCUUUCCCUAUAGGUUCUCAUGCUAGCCAGAUCAACCCUUGGCUAGCAAUCAGCAAAGUCUUCCGCAUGCACUGGCCUCUCUUACCUGUGUGGCGGGCUUAGCCCAAUUCCAGGUGCACCUGUAUCUGUGUAACAGAAUCCGUCCCAUGGAGGACAGCCAUCCCAAAGACCAAGAGCAGAAUAUGCCAUGAGGAACGACGUACUCGUAACACUCCGAGGGGUUCAGCUCAGGCCAGGGUAAGGCACAACGGCAAGUAGGAGAGGGAGGCUUGAGAUUUUGCUGCCUGGGGGUAAACAGGACUUCAGCCUCCAGGGUGGGGAACUGGGAACCUUUCAUUUGCACUAAUCUCACCAAGUUCUCCUGUGUUGAAAGUGUGAUUUUGGCUGUAACAUGCUGUUCCAUUCAAUGGGAGAUGCCUGUGCAGAGGCAGACAAUAAAGGAGAAUCUUACUAAG